CAAUGCCGAGGGCACAGGCGCACACGGUGGCCGCUAGCUCGCUUAUGGACCCUACACACAUUGUUAAAGCCGCCUGAUAACGCUCAUGAAUCACCACUUUGUUUAUCUGGAGCUUGUAAGCAAUAGAUCCCGCUGAGCGUCUUCAUCUGUCCACAGCAUCUCUUUCUUCUGCAGCACCUGAAGACAGCGCUGUUGCCAUGACAACAGACGAGGCAGAGAGUCACCAAAAGAAGCCGAGGCAGCAGGAGGAAGCCGGGCAGGACGCAGGGUCGCCCCCACCGGAGGAGGAGCAGCUCCCGCCUCGCAACCGCAACUCUGCCGGCCGCGGCCUCUCCCGCCUCUUCUCCUCCUUCCUGAAGAGGCGCUCGCAGUGUGAGAGUGAGGCGGGAGAGAAGGACGACAAGGAGGAGAAAGAAGCUAAAGCCCCCAUCGCUGACCCCGAACCCGAACUGAGGACGGAGGGGGAGGUGGCCCCGGACCGGCACUCGAUGAGCAGCGCCGAGGCUCAGGCCGCCCAGGUAGAGAAGAAAGAAGCCGAGGACGAGGAGGGUGGAAAGGACAAAGAGAACAACAAGGAGGAAGAAGAGGAGACUGCGCUGGAGAAGGAGAAGACGGAGGAGAAGGAAAAGGAGGAGGAGCAGGAGUGUGGGCCAGAACGAGGCAGUAAGAAGGAGGAGGAGGAGGAGGAGGAGGAGGAGGAGGAGGAGAAGACCGCAGAAGAGCAGGCCGAAGCUCCCAAAGCCCCUCGCAGACCCAAGACCAUGCAGAUCAAAGUCACGCUGUUGGACGACACUCUGUACGAGUGUGAGCUGGAUAAACAUGCAAAAGGUCAGGAGCUGUUUAUGAAGGUGUGCGACAACCUCAACCUGCUGGAGAAAGACUACUAUGGCCUGGUGGUCUCUGAGACGCCCACAACCAAGACCUGGAUGGACUUUACCAAGGAGAUCCGCCGGCAGGUUCAAGGUGAGGGGAACCUAAACCCCAAACAAACCUUCUGUUCUGACUUUUGUCUUGACACAUAUUUCAUCAUAUCUUCAUUUCUUUCUUUAGGUGCCACUUAUAAUUUCAACUUCAAUGUGAAGUUCUAUCCACCGGACCCAGCCCAGCUAUCUGAAGACAUCACCAGGUACUACCUGUGUCUCCAGCUGAGGAAGGACAUCCUGCAGGGACGCCUGCCCUGUUCCUUCGUCACACUGUCUCUGCUGGGAUCCUAUGCCUUGCAGUCGGAGCUGGGCGAGUAUGACCCGGAGGUGCACGCCCCCGACUACGCUAAGGAGAUGAAGAUGGCCCAGGGUCAGACCAAGGAGCUGGAGGACAAAAUGAUGGAGCUGCACCGCACCUACAGGUCGAUGAGUCCAGCACAGGCAGACCUGAUGUUCCUGGAGAACGCCAAGAAGCUCUCCAUGUACGGAGUGGACCUCCACCAGGCCAAGGAUCUGGAUGGUGUUGAUAUCAUGCUGGGGGUCUGCUCCAGUGGUCUGAUGGUCUAUAAAGACAAGCUGAGGAUCAACCGGUUCCCCUGGCCCAAAGUCCUCAAGGUGUCCUACAAACGCAGCAGCUUCUUCAUCAAAAUAAGACCCUCUGAGGUGGAGCAGUAUGAGAGUGCAAUUGGCUUCAAACUGCCCACUUACAAGGCAGCGAAGAAGAUUUGGAAAGUGUGUGUAGAACAUCACACCUUCUUCAGGCUGACCUCCACGGAGAUGGUCACCACACCCAGGAAGUUCCUGGCAUUGGGCUCCAAGUUCCGCUACAGCGGGCGCACUCAGGCUCAGACCCGCCAGGCCAGCUCUCUGAUUGACAGACCCGCCCCCAUGUUCCAGCGCUCUUCCAGCAAGAGGAACUCGCGCAGCCUGGAUGGAGCCAUGGCCUCCACUCCCGACAAUAAGUCCUCUCGUCCGGUCAGCGCCCCUGUCAUGUCCCCGGUGUCUCCGGGGGACGCCACUUCCUCUCCGCUGCUGCCCCCCCUUCUGCGCUCCGACCACCAUGACGGCUCUACACCUAAAGGUCGGCGCUCCGCACACAGGAAGGCGGAGGGGAAGGGGGAAAGUCAACAAGCCCAGCACACCAAGAGCCACAGACCAGAGUCCACUCCAGAGAUCAAGACAUUGUCCAGGAGAGAGCGGAGGCACUCCCCCUCUGUGACCAACGCCAAUGGGGAGAGAGAGAAAAAGAGCCAGCACUCUCCUCAGGACAAAGCAAAGACGGAGAUGGUGCGAGUGAGGAAGAAAAGAGCUAAGAAACUUGAGGGUGAAACUAUUUAUAUCAGACAUAGCAAUUUAAUGUUGGAGGACCUGGAUAAGACCCAGACUGGGAUCAUGCGUCACCACACGAGCAUCAGUGAGCUGAAGAGGAGCUUCAUGGAGUCGGUGCCGGAGCCUCGGCCCAGUGAGUGGGACAAACGGCUGUCCACCAACUCGCCUUUCCGCACAGUGAGCAUCAACGGCCAGCAGCAGCCAGCGCAAGGACGGCAAACUCUGUUUGGACACAAGGUAAGAGCCUAUAGUUUGUCCCCGACGCCAGUGGGACCACAGCUGUUCAGAAAGGACUGCCUGCUGGAGACGAUGAGGAGGAAGUUGAUUGGGAUUGGGUUGAUGAUGAGGAGGAGGAGGAGGAAGAGGAGGAAGAGGAGGAAGAACAAGCCCAUGGUCACAUUCUAAAGGUGGCGAUCAAUGUGCCGGAAGAGAGGAGGAGCUUGGUUAAUGCAUGUGAGCUUAACUCCGCCAGGCUCAAGCAUUCCCGGAUGUCUUUUUUUCUGUCCGGACUGCUGGUGAUGGCCCUGACCAUGCUGUGGGUGGCCUUCAUUUAAAAGAACAAUACAUGAGGAGAUGCCAGAACAAUUCAUUUUGACCAACAAGAGACACUCUAUCUUAACGUCAUUCUUUCUAUCUUACCUUUCUUACCCUUCAUGGACCUCAGUUCAUCUUAAAAGGGGCCAGACUCUAAAAAAUAUUAGUCUUUAAGCAAGCCUUUGUAACCUUUGCUGAACAGCGCCCACUGUUUCCUUAAGUGACAGCUGAGCCUUGCUUAACCCCGCCCCAGCUACCAUAACGUUGCUAUGCCUAUUUUAAAAUUAUAAUGGUGGCAGAUGAAUCUGUGAAAUCCAAUCACCUGAAAUAACAACUGUCAGGCAGAUGUUAGCUAACGAGCUAUAGCUGACGUGGUGACACCAAGAAUACAUACAUAUACCUACCCAAGCAAAAAGUCAGCGGCCAAAACAACUAAAACAGAAACUAUAGAUAAACAGACUCAGAAAAGCCACACGGGUUUGAUUGAUGUUAGCUAACCAGAGGAAAGGUUGCUAAGCUAAAUGAGCAAUAUAAUUGGACAGGUGCCAUUCAGGCCACACAUUCACUUUCAACAUUAUGGUAAAUGCUUAAAACCUAACUAUAUACAAAAAGUGAAAUGACUUGAGUUGAUGCAGUUUCCACCUGUGUUUGCUAAUAUUAGCUAACAUUAUGCAUCAUAUGCUAAUGAUCCUACCAGAGCAAGUAAGACUAUAUGAGCAAAAUCCCUGAGUGAAAUGAAUUAAGAAGGUAUGGUUUUAUUUCUUUUAAGAGAACAAAGUGCUUUCUAUGCAAAGUUUACAUUGGCCAACAUUAAGAGAAACAUUGAAAUUCAUUAUGUCUUCCUGUGUUCUGGUACAUGACCUUCACGUUUGCAUUCUGCUUGAAAAGGAAAAAGUUGAUACCAAUAAUCUUGACGUUUCUGUUAUGCAGCCUCUGGACAAUAUUCAGUUAUGUGACAAAAGUGAAAAAAUGUAGUGCUUCAGUUGACCAUUUCUCUCAGAAUGUGUUAAGAGUCUGUGUGCAGUUUAGCAGAGUGACUGACACGCUUAGCCCUGUGUUAAUGUUGGACCAAGUAUCUGCAGACAAUCAGGCCAAGUGUAAUUUAGGAAUCCAUCAGUGGAGAAAAGGAAUUACUCAGGAAUGCAUCACAGCAAUUUUAUACUUUUCCAGAAAUAUGUAGAGGAACAAAUAUUGAUUUUGACAUUCUUGGGCCAAUGGUGAAGUCACAACUGUAAUGUGGUGCUGGGAGGAUACUACAAUAAUGACAGAAUGGCAUAAAGUAAAAGCAGAGUCGUUCAUUUUGUGGUCUUCCAGAGGAAUAAUACAGUAGACAUGAGUGACAUUUGCUUACUGUUGUUUGAACUGAGCUAACUCAAUCUUUUAAAUGUAAUUCUGACAUUAUUCAGUAGGUUUGGUGAACAGAAGUUGUUUUAGUUGCAUGACAUUUGAAGGUAUUUGUCUAGCUACAAUAUGCAACUUUUCACUUUGGCACAGACCUGGCUUUUUGUAAUGCUGUCAAAAGUCUCAUACUGGAGUCCACAUUCAUGGAGUCAUAUUGUGACUGUUCAGUUCAUUUGAAUGGAAUUACAGCUAUUCCCAUAAUUGCAGCAUUGAUUUGACCAUGAAUUGCAUGGCAGUGAAAAGGCAAAGACAUUGGGGAAAUUGGCCCAAGCUAAAUGUAAUGCAACGACUGGAGCCCACAGAGCAUUAGAUGUUUUUCUGUAUUAUAACAUUCUAGCAUAGUUUUAAGGAUGCCUGCAUUUUGGGGGAUUUGGCACCUUGUCCACCAUCUUCAACUCCUGUGCAACCUAAUUAAACUGGCUAGCAAAAACAUGCCUUUCCUCAGUUGUUGUGAUCAAUCUAAUGAAAUCAUUAAACCAGGGGUGUCCAAACUACGGCCCGGGGGCCAAAUGUGGCCCGCGGCCCACUUUUAAUUGGCCCUCAGCAAAUGCUAAAAGUAUAAUGGAAUGUGUCCACACCUGCAACUUGUGCUUUUCCUAUAUUGUACUUCUUAAAUAUGUACAAAUAAUGUAUUACAGGGUAUUCAUGUGUUUAUAAGACCGAUUUUCAAAUAAAUUGAGUCAAUUCAAGUUGAAAAAGGUUCCAAACAAAUCAUGACCCUUCAUAUUCCCCCUUAUUAUCAGCAAUCUGAGGCUCCUGUUUUAAGAAAUGAGCUGCCAACUAAACAACUGAAACCCUACGGAGAGCUGAGAUGUUUCUUAAAGCAUAUUCAAGUAUAAAGAAAAAUGUACCUACAUUUGAUUAAUUUGCUAACUUAUAACUCAACUUAUGAGGCAAUAUACCUCACCUCUAGUGAGGGGCCCAGACCUUUCUAUGUUUUUCUGUAUGUGGCCCUCAGGGGAAAAAGUUUGGACACCCCUGCAUUAAACCGAUCGACAUCGCUACUUCAAUCAAUCGUUUUAAAUUAGUCUUUGUCCGUCAGUUAGAAGUAAAAGGACCGACUUUAUGCUUUUGGUAGUCUCCUCAGAUUCUUGUCAACAGGUGGUUUUGUUCAGUUUGUCCCUGCCUUGUCUGGCUCAAGCCUUCAAUAAAGGUGGUUUCUGUUAAAUGCUCCUGUGUCCCGCGUUUGGGUCCACGCUGCUUUACUGAGCCGUGACAGAAGAAUCCAAACAAGACUAGCAGAAUACCAGACUGAAACACAAGCUGAAACUAAUGAGGGGAUAAAGUGUAGGUGUACACGAUGACCUCCUGUGGUUGCAGGGCUGAUGGGUAACAAGUUGAACUAAUAAGGCCUGAACAGACAAUUAAACAGGCGGGAAGACACAGUCAAUAUGCUCCACGUAAUAUUUCAUGGGUUUCCUAUAUCUUUUUAACUUUUACCAAUUUACUUCAGACUGUAAUGGAAUCGGGUCGGUGUACUCAUACAGUUGAACCACUAUGACUGAAUACUAAACCUCAAUUUGAUACAGACCUUAGUGUUUCUUUUUGUUGACACCGUGUAGAUGUAACUACUAAGAAACUCCUGAAAGGAAGAUUUGUCAGAAUUGUAAUCUAAGUUUGGAUUUAAAGGACCUUGACUCUUAAAACGUUAACAAGGUGUUUCUAUUGAAGGGUGUGCAUAGCACUGAAACCACUAGAGACUUGUCAAUAACAUGAAGGACCCUUUAUGAAUGUUCAUGACGAUUGUCUUGAGGUUUCAUUUGGUCACUUUAAGAUUAAAGUAAGUUGAAAUUGUUUCAGGUUUCUGUUAUGACCACUUGAACUAAAUCAAGAUGACAUGGCCUGUCAAUAUGUUUGUAAUGACAACCUGUCCAUACGUCAUAAACAUCUCUCGAAGACUAAAAGUAACUAACUAUGAAACUAUAAAGCUAAAAUAAACCAUUCAGCUUCCUGUGAUAGCAUUACCUCACACAGUUAUAUGUGGCUGGUUUUGAAAUUGGCAUGCAUGAGACCAUUUUAAUUGUUUCAUGAAUAUUUUCUCAAUCAUUUCCUCAGCUCAAACACAAUGGAACAAUUUGGAUGAGACUUUAAAAAGGCAGUUAGUGUACGUGGUGUUAUUAGAGCCAAUCUGCACCAGCUGACCUACAUAAAUAUGCAUUAAUCUCAAGCCAAACCAGGGACAGAGAGAGACUCAUGUCUAAGGUAUAUUGUUUGUUGCUCUGUUGGCAGAGCCUGGGACUUGCCAACAAAUAUGCUCUUGCUGUUGUGCAUAUGAUAAUAAAACCUUUUAAUCAUGAAUUUAGGGGCAAGAGGAAACAGAGUCUGGACUCAUUACUUUUCUCUAAUUUAUUUGUAACUUACUUUUGCUUUUUCAAUUUAUGACAAACCUGCCCAGCCUGCAGGUUCUGGUUAGGGUUAGGGUUGGACCAGUGCAUCACGAGUAGCGUUAUUAUGCUGUGAGCUAUGUCUAUGAUUUCAUUCAAUUAAACUACAGUAAAAUAUGGAAUGUGGACUUGACAUAAAGAUAUUUUCAAGGGAAAACAUAAUCACAAGUAAAGUCAAAUGUGCGUUAAACAUGACAUAAACGACCGAGAGACACAUUCAUAAUAACACAUUCAUAAAGAUUGUUCUAUCGCAAAAAAAAAAGAAGUUCUUUCUUGUAAAAGUAAAAACAAAACCCUGUCCUUGCAUUGAGGCCCCUCACCUAAGUAUUUUCACUCCCCUUAACUGUGGAUCCAGCCAUUGGCUAAUUUGGCUAGUAGCAUUUCUAUUGUCAGGUGACAGAUGCUUUGGGGUACUGUGAUUCUCACACUGCUAAUAUUAGCUAUGUUUCUAUUGUUAUUCACUUUGAGAAGUUGCAUAUUUAGCUUCAAAUCUGGUCUGUGUUUUGAUGUGGUCAUGGUGUAAAUGCUGGAAGUACUGUUGAUGCACUCGGUAUGGUCCAGUAUGGAGAGUGUCAUCUUAUUGGACCAUGUCAUCUUUGAUUUUACCUCUAUCAUCUUACUGCUGUAUACUUCCACAAUGUCAACGCUCAGAACCUAACAUGUUUUUAGUUACCUGGGAAAUGUUUUGGUUUGUUAGGAUGUUACAUUACGCUGUAUAUCAAUUAGUUGGCUUUACUUUAUUGGUAUUGUGAAACCAGUUAAAAGUAAAGAUGAUGCAAAGACCAUUUGCUCAUUUUGAGUAGUAGGACUUCAUCUUUCAAACUGUUGUUGGGAUUGACAUCAUACAAGCUUUACAACACUGCUAUUUAACUAAAUAUCAUAAAUAUUGUGCAUGUUCAGUAAAUAGACUCUUUGGUGAGUAUGGCACAUCGUUAGGCCAAUGGAUUUUUGGGUAAUUCUAAAUAUGAAAGCCUGUACUUCUCACUGUGAUACUAAAGACACAUUUAUGUUGCUCUUCACUGUCUACUGAUGGACUUUCUCUGAUUCGGCCAAUGGACUUAUCUCUUCUUUCUUGGUAUAAUAGGACUUUUCCAGUACUCAUUCUAAACUACAGUAAGGAUGUUAUAGGUACCAUACAUAAUAAAUGCAUUAAAUCCGAGGUUUUCAUUUGAAUAUGUAUAAUGCAAUUUUGGUUUUCUUGAUUAUUAUGUUCUUUAUGUCGUGGGUGCCUUUGAU